AUGGAGACUCCGUCCUACAACAAGAACGAGACAACCGGCCCAAGCGUCGAGGUCUAUGGAGGACAGUCGCAUUCUGAGGCUUCUGGCUCUGCCGACCAGGCGGCCAUUAGCACCGUCAUUCAUCAGAUCGAGGCCAGAAAGGUGCACUGGUACACCUAUCUGACCACUUGGGAUUUCUGGCUGGUCCUCAUCAUUGGCCAGGUUCUCGCGCUGUGCAUCACGGGUACCAACACCUUCACCAGCUGCCUGUCGUCGUGGGAGAACUGGUCCAUCCCGGCCCUGCAGACCAUUUUCAACUAUGCCCUGCUGUCCAUUGUCUACGUGCCCAUCACGCUGGUCAAGCUCGGCCCCGCCAAGCUGGGAAGCAUCAUUUUGCGCGACGGCUGGAAGUACUUUAUCCUCAGCUUCCUCGACGUGCUCGGCAACUACUUUACCGUCUUGGCCUAUCGCUACACCAAUCUGCUGUCGGCUCAGCUGCUCAACUUCUGGUCCAUUGUCUGUGUGGUCAUCAUCUCGUUCCUGCUGCUCAAGGUCCGCUACAAGAUCUUCCAGAUCAUUGGUAUCUUGAUUGCCUGUGGUGGCAUGGGUCUCCUGCUGGCCAGCGACCACAUUCAGGGAAGCAACGGCGGACCCGGUGUCGACCUGCUCAAGGGCGACCUGUUCGGUCUCUUGGGCGCGACCCUGUACGGUGUCUCCAACGUCUUUGAGGAGUGGUUCGUCAGCAAGCGGCCCAUGUAUGAGGUGCUCAGCUUCUUGGGUGUCUUUGGCGUCAUCAUCAACGGCGUCGUCGCCGCCAUCUUUGACCGCUCCAGCUUUGAGGGCGCCAACUGGAACAGCAACGUCGCAGGUUACCUCGUCGGCUACACUCUGGUCCUGUUCAUCUUUUACUCGCUCGCGCCCAUCAUUCUGCGCAUGGGCUCGGCCGCCUUCUUUGACAUCUCGCUCCUGACUGGUAACUUUUGGGGUACCGCCAUUGGUAUUCAGGUCUUUGGCUACACCAUUUACUACCUGUACCCCAUUGCGUUUGUCCUCAUCAUCAUUGGUCUCGUUGCCUACUUUCUGGCCGGCAGCAUGCUGGGUGACUCCAAGAAGCCUUGGCUGGGUCAGGACCAGGAGGAUGGUGUCGCUGGUAUUGGAACGGCCAAGCUCAAGGCUCUCAACCUGGCAAGAAAGCAGGGUUUGGCUGCAGCCGAGGGUGAUAGGGUCUAG